AUGUCUAACUUGCCUGUUGCUUACGAUGUCAAGACCGGAGUCACUGAGGAGAUGUACAAGUACAUGAUCCAACACAGUGUCCACUUGCACCCAGCCCAGAAGGACUUGUACGAGUUCACCAAGAACCAUGACAGAGCAAUCAUGAUGACUGCUUUGGACCAAUGCUCAUUGUUCACCUUCUUUGUCAAGAUCCUAAAUGCCAAGAACACCAUUGACGUUGGUGUGUUCACCGGUUUGAGCUCACUCACUGUUGCCCUCGCUCUCCCAGAAGACGGAAAGGUCAUUGGAUGUGAUGUGUCUACAGAGUACACUGACCACGCCAGGAAGUACUGGAAGCAGGCUGGUGUCGACCAUAAGAUUGACUUGAGAAUCAGACCAGCCACUGAGACUCUCCAGGAGUUGAUCAACCAAGGCAAGGAGGGUACCUUUGACUUUGUCUUUAUCGAUGCCGAUAAGCCAAACUAUGAUGCCUACUAUGAGCUCUCACUGAAGCUCAUCAGAAAGGGUGGUAUCAUCGCCUUUGACAAUGUCUUCUUCCACGGUGAUGUCCUCAAGCCCACUGAGCCACAAGCACAAGCCAUUGACACUUUGAACAAGAAGUUGCUCACUGAUAAGCGUGUUGUUAUCACCACAUUGGCCAUCGCUGAUGGAUUGACAUUGGUCACCAAGGCCUAA